AAAUUUUUAUACUUUAUAUAAUAUAUAUAGACAUAUAUAUAAAUAUAAAGCCAAAAAGCAAAAAACCCUCAGUCUGUAAGCAAGAAAGAAGAAGAAGAAGACCCCUUCUCCUUCUGAUUUCAUCUCCAAAAAAAACAAAAGAAUGGCUUCUUUUCCUCCUCCUGGUACGGUUACAGUCUGCGAAAUCAAUCGGGAACUUAUUACUGCUGAUACGCUCUCGGAUGAUCGAGCCAGGGACACCUAUGGAAAGCUUCUUGGGAUGGUAUUCAGCCCAGUUGCGUUUCAAUUGGAUCAGCCAGUUCAGCCACCAAGUCCAGAGGGCGACGCAGAAGGAGCAGUUACAACAGGAAGAAAGAGUACUAUUGGAACAUUGCAAGGGAUCUUCACUGACUCCCUUAAACGCCUUUUUCAUCCUAAUGAUGUGAACUUGUUACCAGAAGUUGAUCUUCAGGGUGUGAGCUGGCACCAACACAAGCAUAUCAUAGCAUUUAUAUCUGGGUCAAAUCAAGUUAUAGUUCGUGAUUACGAGGAUUCAGAAGGGAAGGAUCCAUGCAUUUUGGCUAAUGAAUAUCAGAGAGAUGUUAAAGUACUUGAGUGGAGGCCAAACGGUGGAAGAACACUUUCCGUAGCAUGCAAUGGUGGAAUUUGCAUUUGGGCUGCCUCUUACCCUGGGAACGCAGCAUCUGUGAGAUCUGGUGCAGCUUCCUUCUUGGGAACCCUCUCAAGAGGUUCUGGAAUCCGGUAUAUUCUGGUGGAUUUUCUUAAAAGUCAGAACAAUGAGCAAAUUAGUGCCCUCUCCUGGAGUCCUGAUGGAAGAUUUUUGGCUUCUGCCUCUUAUGAAAGCUCUUCAUUUACCAUAUGGGAUGUUGCUCAAGGCCUGGGAACUCCAUUUCGACGUGGAUUGGGGGGCAUAUCAUUGCUGAAGUGGUCGCCAACUGGAGAUUACUUCUUUUCUGCUAAAUUUGAUGGAACCUUUUAUCUUUGGGAGACAAACACAUGGACAUCUGAACCGUGGUCUUCAACUAGUGGUUUUGUCACGGGAGCGACAUGGGAUCCUGAUGGGCGUAUGAUUCUACUUGCUUUUUCUGAAUCUUCAACAUUGGGUUCUGUUCACUUUGCAUCAAAGCCCCCUUCACUGGAUGCACACCUAUUGCCCAUUGAACUGCCAGAAAUAAUGUCCUUGACAAACAGUCAGGGCAUUGAGAAGAUAGCCUGGGACGCUUCAGGAGAGCGAUUGGCUGUAUCAUUUAAAGGUGGGGAUGAUUUAUAUAGGGGUCUAAUUGGAAUUUACGAUGCUCGAAGGACACCACUGGUUUCUGCAUCACUCGUUGGAUUUAUUAGAGGUCCAGGGGAGAAUCCAAAGCCAAUAGCAUUUUCAUUCCAUGAUAAAUUUAAGCAGGGACCAUUGCUAUCUGUGUGUUGGAGUACCGGAUUUUGCUGCACUUACCCUCUCAUAUUUCGCUCCCAUGUUCUUCCCUAAGUUUGAAUACCCUACCUUACCAUUGAGGUGAUUUUGUUGUGUUGUAAUCAGUUCUUACCUUUGGAAUACAAGUUUUAACUUUGUAAUAAUUUUAAUUUUUUUAAUAGUAAUUCCAUUUAUUUUGCAAGCCA